AUGGGAGGAACACCUUCAAAUUCGUCUAAAUCGCCUGAUGAAAAUCUUGAAUCGUUGUCACUAAUUUGGCUCGAUGCAGAGAUAAAAGGUUUAUUUACUCAAAAACAAGAACUUGUUGCACAAAUUCAAUCGGAUCGUGAGAGAAGAAAGAAAGGUGAUGAACCAAUCUUAUUUACUAUUCAAGGACAAUCGACAAAUGAAUUAAAUGGUCAAUUUGUUCAUUCUCAAAUUUUUAUCGAUGUUUUACUACGUAUAAAAUCGACGCCAGCAGACAAAGAAGAAUUUAUUUCUCGUUGUAAUACAAUAUACAAAGGCAAUGAUUCUGAAUUGAAAAUUGUUAAAGAAUUUAGUAGAAAAUAUACUCCAGAUAAAGCUCUUUGGUGGUAUACUAGAGAAUCAUUUCUUUAUCGAAUGUUAAAUAAGGCACUUCGAGUACAAAACACCGAUUUACUUUUUCUAUUUCGAUUUUUUAUUGUCGAUCUUCAACAGCAAUUGAACAAUAAUCGAUGUUCAUCACCAGUUACUCUUUAUCGAGGUCAAAUGAUGUCAAAAGAUGAGUUGAAAAUCUUACGUAAUUCAAAAGAUAAAUUUAUUUCGAUUAAUUCAUUUUUCUCGACUAGUACCGAGCGUUUCGUAGCACUUCGAUUUCUCGAUUCCAGUGCUGAUGAACUUAAACAAGUCUUAUUUGAAAUUCAUGCGAAUCCUUCUGUUACAACAAAACCUUUUGCUGAUAUUACAAAGCUAAGUUAUUUUACCAAUGAAAAAGAAAUUUUAGUCAUGCUUGGAUCGAUCUUUCGAAUUGAUGAUGUACGUGCUGAUGAUAAUGAUGUAAAUAUUAUUCAAAUGACAUUAUGUUCUGAUGAUGAUCAUGAUCUCAAAGCUAUUUUUGAACAUAUGAAAAAUGAACAUGGUGGUGGAGAAAAAAAUCUUCUUUCAUUUGGAAAUGUUUUAGCAGAUAUGGGCAAAUUUGAUGAAGCUGAAAAAUAUUAUCUUCGUUUACUUGAUCAACUUCCUCCUGAUGAACCAGAUAUUGCUCGUUGUUAUCAUGGUCUUGGUAAUGUUACCGAUGAAAAAGGUGAUUAUGAUUCAAGUCUUGAAUGGCAUGAAAAAUCGCUCAAAAUGAGAAUCAAAGCAUUAAAACCCGAUCAUCCUCAUCUUGCACCUAGUUAUAUUAGUAUUGGAUGUGAUCAUUUUAAUAAAAGUGAUUAUCCAAAAGCACUUGAAUCAUAUAAUACAGCACUCGAAAUUAUUAAAAAAGCUUUUGGUGAAAGUCAUCCUGAUAUUGCUAUGUGUUUAAAUAAUAUAGGUUGUGUAUACGAACGACAGAAAAAUUAUUCCAAAGCACUUGAAUGCCAUCAACAAGCAUUAGAUAUUCGUUUGGAUUAUUUACCUAAAGAUCAUCCUGAAGUUGCUCAAUCACAUCAUAAUAUGGGUAAUAUAUAUCGUUGUCAAGGCGAAUAUGACCUUGCACUUCAACACUACAAUGAAUCACUUGAAAUUAAAACAAAAUCUUUACCUCCAGAACAUCGUGAUAUUGCCUUAACCCUUGAAAACAUUGGCAAUAUAUAUAAAGACAAAAAAGAAUACCAUAGAGCACUGGAAUAUUACAAAAAAGCUGAACAUAUUUAUUGUCAUUCAUUGCCUCCUACACAUCCAAGUGUUCUGCAAAUUCAAGAAUAUAUUAGAUAUUUAUCUUAA